GGUGAGCCAGCGACUCCAAGGACAGGGGCGGGAAACGCCUAUCGAGCCGGCGCACCGGUGCCGCUCAUCGCUGCGCAAGAUAUGGCCACGAGUGGAACCACAUGCUGACGCGCUUUAUCACGACCAGGUAAGGCGACUACAGCUAUUCAUGUUCUAGACUACGAAAUUUGUUCUGAAAAGAUGAGCCGGGCCUUCCUGCAUACUGACCUUGCUGGUGCUUUCAUCACCGCGUCUUUCUGUCUAAUAGGCGCCAGCUGUACCUCCCGGAACUCCCAAACCCCACAAAAACGUACAAGCCGAGGGGGUUUCGGGCAGGUGCAGACGACCUGCUGCAACGGGGCCUCACCCCAGCCCCAGCACCCGUUGCAGUGGGUCGAUCUUUAUGGAUCCGUCCCACCCACCACAGCCAUACCACUACCCUUUCCACCUCAGGCUGUGAUGGGUGGAUCUUUCUUUUAUUUCUUCUUUCCUCCACAUCCCCUCUCUCCUCCCUCCCCACUCCUCUCGCUCACCCUUCCACCUAUUCCGCCCUUCACUCCCCAAAACAUGCUCCCCAUCAGAUGCUCAGGACCAGCCUCUAAUGGCUAUCUCAUGGUAAGUUCACUCUUGCUUUUCUUAUAUGUGAUCGACAUGUCUCACCCUUGCCGCCCCGGCAUCGAGUGGCUCAGGGCUUCUGUUCGGUUCGCCAGCGGGACCCUGCCACUGGCCUCUCGACGCAGUGGGAUGAUGCGCCGUGGGUUAGGGAUGAAGCGAGCCCUCUGGUCUUUUGGCUGUCUGAUGCACCUGUUCUCGCCUACAUCUUAGGGACCUUAUAGCGCGGCGAACGACUCUACUCUCCCAUAUACACAUGGUGGCGCGCGAGGCUGUGCGGGCCAAUGUGGUCCUCCGCGGUGCUAGCCAAAGGAAGCAGCAGACAUGGACAGAAGCAGACACAGCAAAGCAAGGUAAGGACACUAGGGGGCCAGCGUGCUCAGGGCUCUGGAGCAACAACUGUUGGGGUUGCAGGGGAUGGAAAAAUCGGUGGUCCUGUCCGGAUCACUGUCCUAGACUGGACUGCCCCUGUGCAGUUCAGGAUCCUGGGCGACUAUCGGCCACCGUCUGUUUCUCUUUUCCUUGCGCACUCUGAUGGUCUGCGGCUCUCAUUGACUUGCAGUCGCCGGCUCAGAUACGCUGUGCACUUCCGGAGGCAGGUCUGGGUCUCCCACCGUUCGUUCUUUCUCCCUAUCCUUUUUCCUUCUUUUUUUUUUUUU